UCUGACUGCAUUCAAAGUCAUGUGUUGUUUGGGUAAUUAGCAAUUUGGCCGAUGCUGUUUACCUGAAUAAUUAUCAAAAGAAAACUUUACUACCACGUUUGUCUUUUCCUGAUCAGCUUUUGCCGAUGGUUACCUCACCAUGUACAACAUUGCCCUGUCAACUUGAGCCCUAUGCCUGCUCCAUCCAAAUAACUCUAUAGUUGACUUUCCUUGGUGGGGGUGAGGUGGUGUGGAGCCAGUGCAGUGUCCCUAAAAUCUGUGACUUCGAUGAAUUUGGAUACCCAUUUUCUGUAUGUUGCUCAGCAAGGCCUUAACCAUUUUCCUUUUCCUUUUCAUUUUUGGGUAAUAUGGGGCCUCAUCGAUUUUGAGCUCCUUUUGGUUUUCCAAGUGGCUGAAAUCCUUUUUGGGGUUUUUGAUGGUGACCCUUGUGAGUCCAGAUCUACAGCUUCAUUAUUUUGGUUCUUUGUCGGAGGAAAUUGGAAGUGUAAUGGGACAAAAGACUCCAUCAGUAAGCUUGUUUCUGACUUGAACAGUGCAAAAUUGGAGGCUGAUGUCGAUGUUGUUGUAGCACCUCCAUUUGUUUACCUUGACCAGGUAAAGAAUUCAUUAACAGAUCGGAUUGAGUUAUCUGCUCAGAACUCUUGGGUUGGGAAAGGUGGUGCUUUCACAGGAGAAAUCAGUGUGGAACAAUUGAAAGAUAUUGGCUGCAACUGGGUUAUCCUUGGGCACUCUGAGAGGAGACAUGUUAUUGGUGAAGAUGAUCAGUUCAUAGGAAAGAAAGCUGCUUAUGCCUUGAGCCAGGGUCUUAAAGUAAUAGCUUGUAUUGGAGAACUGUUACAAGAAAGGGAAGCAGGAAAAACUUUUGAUGUCUGUUUUCAGCAAAUGAAGGCUUUUGCAGAUGCUGUACCCAGUUGGGAUGAUGUAGUUAUUGCAUAUGAGCCGGUUUGGGCUAUUGGAACUGGUAAAGUGGCCACACCCCUGCAGGCACAGGAAGUACACAUAGCUGUUCGUGAUUGGCUUAAAAAGAAUGUCUCAGCUGAAGUUGCUUCUAAAACACGAAUUAUUUAUGGAGGUUCAGUGAAUGGGAGCAAUUGUUCAGAGCUCGCCAAACAAGAGGAUAUUGAUGGGUUUCUUGUUGGCGGUGCUUCCUUAAAGGGUCCUGAAUUUGCUGUGAUUGUCAAUUCUGUAACAUCCAAGAAAGUUGCUGCUUGAUCACUCACACUGGUUUUUGCACUGGAAGAAAAUAAAGGGCCGAGAGGAGUUUCUUCAGCUUCAAGCAUAAUAUAAUCAAGCUAUGAGCCAGCUAGUUAUGUUGGGAUUUUGAUCAUUUUCCAGUUUUUUUGGCCUUCUAGGACUUUCUCAUUUUUAAUGAGUUAAAACUUCUUCUUGUGGUGGAAACCAGACCAGUUAAGUCAUUUUAAUGGCAUAGUGCAUUUUCUAGAUAAAGGAGCCUGUGUUGAAGAA